GAGAGAGAGAAGGGAUGACUUGCAACUAGAGCACCAGAUGUGCAAACGCAGGGUUCCAAAUCAGAAAUCUAUUUUCUCUUUUGCCAUUUUCCAUGUUUCAAAACCAGACACACACCCGUUUAAAUAUCCAUCUGUAUAAUUUUUAUAUGCAGAGAAAACAAGGCCACAAUUAAAAUUUGCAUUUAUGAGGGGAGCUCAGCUGCUUCAUCUUCAACUCUUUGAAUCCUCAAACAGGAUGACAUUACAGAAUAUUAAGUGUUGACGCUUGAUAGAAAGAGAGAAAAAUAAUUCAGGCUGCUGUGGUUGGCUGUGGUAGUUAAAGGUUCUGAUCACAUCCACUGAUGUUCUCAUCGAGCCCCCUUGAAUAUAUCACAUUUCCAGGCUGGGAAACAAAAUGGAAACAUUUCUAGGGACGUAUGGAGCAGACAACAUCGGGGGCAGCUAACGAAGGGAGUAAGUGGUUCCUGGAUACCAGACAGCGGCUGCUGGUAUCUGUUGCCAGGCAACAGGAUGUGAAGAAAUCUCUGCCUCUGGGUAAGAUGAAGGACAGGUCACUAAAGCAGCUCAUUUAUUCCAUUUGCACCAAGGCCAUUGUUGAGGCUUGUUGCACAAGGUCGUCAGAGGUCUCCCUCAGUAUUCACCAGUCGAACCAUCAUGUCUGGCAAAAAGCGCAACUCAAACUCCGCUGCCGCCGGGCCCAGAGCCAAGCAGCAGAAGGUGGCAGCCAUGAAGGAGGAGAAGAUGGAGGAGAAGAGGGAGAGGGCACCGGGCUGGCUGCAGGACUUCCUGCAGCAGCAGAGGGCUGAAGGGAAGGAGAUAAAACUGAACAAAAAACGCAUCCGUGUUAUAUCUGACACCGAAAAGAUAAAGCAGGGCUCAGAGGGAGUCCUGUACUGGAUGUCAAGAGACCACAGAGUACAAGAUAAUUGGGCUCUGAUCCACGCCCAGCGGCUUGCUGUGAAGGAGAACCUUCCUCUGCACGUCUGUGCCUGCCUGAACGUCCCCAAGUCUGAGCUGUCCACACUGAGACAUUACAGCUUUAUGCUGAAAGGUCUGGAGGAAGUUGCUGAGGAAUGCAAAAGGUUGAACAUCCAGUUCCACUUACUGCAUGGUACAGCAGGGGAGGUCCUCCCUGGCUUUGUGUCAGACCGCAGCCUGGGGGCUGUGGUGACAGACUUCUCCCCCCUCAGAGGGCCCCUACAGUGGCUGGAAGACAUCAAAAAGAAGCUUCCAAAGGACAUCCCCCUCAUACAGGUUGAUGCCCACAAUGUUGUUCCCUGCUGGGUGGCAUCGCCUAAACUUGAGUAUGCUGCCAGGACCAUCAGAGGAAAAAUCACAAAGGUUUUGUCAGACUUCCUCACUGAUUUUCCCCCGGUAGAGAAACACCCCUACACAGCUACAAGAACCGCCAAACCAGUAGACUGGGAACAAACCCUGGCCUCCCUGGAAGUUGACAGAAUAGUUGGAGAGACGGAGUGGGCUAAGCCAGGCACCAAAGCCGGGACGGCCAUGUUGGAGUCCUUCAUCGAUUUACGUCUCAAAAUAUUUGACACCAAACGCAACGACCCAAACACUCCCGCCCUCAGCCAGCUCUCACCCUGGAUCCGUUUUGGCCACCUGUCAGCACAGCGGGUGGCCCUGCAAGUUCAGCACAGCGGGAAGAAGGCAGGUGUGACCGUCUCCUCCUACAUCGAGGAGCUGGUGGUGCGCCGGGAGCUGACUGACAACUUCUGCUUCUACAACAAGAAAUACGACAGCGUGGAGGGUGCGUAUGAGUGGGCUCAGAAGACCUUGAGAGAUCACGCCAAAGACAAGAGGCCGUACAUCUACACCCGCGAGCAGCUGGAGAAAGCAAAGACGCACGACAAACUGUGGAAUGCCGCUCAGUACCAAAUGGUCACUGAGGGGAAGAUGCACGGUUUCCUGAGGAUGUACUGGGCUAAAAAGAUUCUGGAGUGGACUUCUUCACCCGAGGAAGCGCUCUCAAUUGCUCUGUACCUAAACGAUCGCUACGAGCUGGAUGGCCAGGACCCGAACGGCUUUGUCGGUUGCAUGUGGUCCAUUUGUGGAGUCCAUGACCAGGGCUGGGCAGAGAGACCCAUUUUCGGAAAGAUCCGCUAUAUGAACUACAAAGGCUGCCUUAGGAAGUUUGACGUGGCCCGGUUCGAGCGAACAUACUCUCCUAAAAACCUUUGAAGCUGAGAAUGUGUUUGAAGACUGGCGAUAAAGUGCCUGACAGCCCACAUGUCCUAUACCCCGGGGAGCAUUUGUGCAGUGGAUUUUCUCCUUUUUCUUUGUUUUUUACUGCUUGUUCUGUCCAAGACAUUUGUUGUAUUAUUGCCUCAACUGCACAAAUGUUGUCUGUGCUUAUCAAGGGCAGUUUACUGUACACUGUUAUUGCAGAAAAAAAUCUCAAUACUGUUUUAUGACACUCUUAUAUUAUUUGUUUUACUUUUUUAAAAUGGUAUUUUUCAGAAAAGAUGCCUUGUUUGAGGCUCUCUGUUCAUUUUUUAAAAUCUUUUUUUUUUUUUUUGUCAUUUACAAAAAUCCUGAAAUAACAUGAAAUAAAGCAUUAAGUUGCCUUUAAAUGAUA